AUGUCUUCUUUCAGUCGACAGCUUUCUUGUUGGAGACUAUUUCUUCUUUCAGUCGACAGCUUUCUUGUUGGAGACUAUGUCUUCUUUCAGUCGGCAGCUUUCUUGUUGGAGACUAUGUCUUCUUUCAGUCGACAGCUUUCUUGUUGGAGACUGUGUCUUCUUUCAGUCGACAGCUUUCUUGUUGGAGACUGUGUCUUCUUUCAGUCGACAGCUUUCUUGUUGGAGACUAUUUCUUCUUUCAGUCGACAGCUUUCUUGUUGGAGACUAUUUCUUCUUUCAGUCGGCAGCUUUCUUGUUGGAGACUAUUUCUUCUUUCAGUCGACAGCUUUCUUGUUGGAGACUAUGUCUUCUUUCAGUCGACAGCUUUCUUGUUGGAGACUAUGUCACCUUUCAAUCGGCAGCUUUCUUGUUGGAGACUAUGUCUUCUUUCAGUCGACAGCUUUCUUGUUGGAGACUAUGUCUUCUUUCAGUCGACAGCUUUCUUGUUGGAGACUGUGUCUUCUUUCAGUCGACAGCUUUCUUGUUGGAGACUAUUUCUUCUUUCAGUCGACAGCUUUCUUGUUGGAGACUAUUUCUUCUUUCAGUCGGCAGCUUUCUUGUUGGAGACUAUGUCUUCUUUCAGUCGACAGCUUUCUUGUUGGAGACUAUGUCUUCUUUCAGUCGACAGCUUUCUUGUUGGAGACUAUUUCUUCUUUCAGUCGACAGCUUUCUUGUUGGAGACUUUGUCUUCUUUCAGUCGACAGCUUUCUUGUUGGAACUGUGUCUUCUUUCAGUCGACAGCUUUCUUGUUGGAGACUAUUUCUUCUUUCAGUCGGCAGCUUUCUUGUUGGAGCUAUACUAUGUCUUCUUUCAGUCGACAGCUUUCUUGUUGGAGACUGUCUUCUUUCAGUCGACAGCUUUCUUGUUGGAGACUGUGUCUUCUUUCAGUCGACAGCUUUCUUGUUGGAGACUGUGUCUUCUUUCAGUCGACAGCUUUCUUGUUGGAGACUGUGUCUUCUUUCAGUCGACAGCUUUCUUGUUGGAGACUGUGUCUUCUUUCAGUCGGCAGCUUUUUUGUUGGAGACUAUUUCUUCUUUCAGUCGGCAGCUUUCUUGUUGGAGACUAUGUCUUCUUUCAGUCGACAGCUUUCUUGUUGGAGACUAUGUCACCUUUCAAUCGGCAGCUUUCUUGUUGGAGACUGUGUCUUCUUUCAGUCGACAGCUUUCUUGUUGGAGACUAUUUCUUCUUUCAGUCGGCAGCUUUCUUGUUGGAGACUAUGUCUUCUUUCACUCGGCAGCUUUCUUGUUGGAGACUAUUUCUUCUUUCAGUCGGCAGCUUUCUUGUUGGAGACUAUGUCUUCUUUCAGUCGACAGCUUUCUUGUUGGAGACUGUGUCUUCUUUCAGUCGACAGCUUUCUUGUUGGAGACUGUGUCUUCUUUCAGUCGACAGCUUUCUUGUUGGAGACUAUUUCUUCUUUCAGUCGACAGCUUUCUUGUUGGAGACUAUUUCUUCUUUCAGUCGGCAGCUUUCUUGUUGGAGACUAUUUCUUCUUUCAGUCGACAGCUUUCUUGUUGGAGACUAUGUCUUCUUUCAGUCGACAGCUUUCUUGUUGGAGACUAUGUCACCUUUCAGUCGGCAGCUUUCUUGUUGGAGACUAUGUCUUCUUUCAGUCGACAGCUUUUCUUGUUGGAGACUAUGUCUUCUUUCAGUCGACAGCUUUCUUGUUGGAGACUGUGUCUUCUUUCAGUCGACAGCUUUCUUGUUGGAGACUAUUUCUUCUUUCAGUCGACAGCUUUCUUGUUGGAGACUAUUUCUUCUUUCAGUCGGCAGCUUUCUUGUUGGAGACUAUGUCUUCUUUCAGUCGACAGCUUUCUUGUUGGAGACUAUGUCUUCUUUCAGUCGACAGCUUUCUUGUUGGAGACUAUUUCUUCUUUCAGUCGACAGCUUUCUUGUUGGAGACUAUGUCUUCUUUCAGUCGACAGCUUUCUUGUUGGAGACUGUGUCUUCUUUCAGUCGACAGCUUUCUUGUUGGAGACUAUUUCUUCUUUCAGUCGGCAGCUUUCUUGUUGGAGCUAUGUCACCUUUCAAUCGGCAGCUUUCUUGUUGGAGCUAUGUCACCUUUCAAUCGGCAGCUUUCUUGUUGGAGCUAUGUCACCUUUUUCAAUCGGCAGCUUUCUUGUUGGGCACUUUAUGUCUGUCUUUCAGUCGACAGCUUUCUUGUUGGAGACUGUCUUCUUUCAGUCGACAGCUUUCUUGUUGGAGACUGUGUCUUCUUUCAGUCGACAGCUUUUUCUUGUUGGAGACUGUGUCUUCUUUCAGUCGACAGCUUUCUUGUUGGAGACUAUGUCUUCUUUUCAGUCGACAGCUUUUUUGUUGAGACUAUGUCUUCUUUCAGUCGGCAGCUUUCUUUUGGAGACUAUGUCUUUUUCAGUCGCAACUUUCUUUUCUUUCACGGCUUUCUUGUUGGAGACUAUGCUUUCAGUCGACAGCUUUCUUGGAGACUAUUUCUUCUUUCAGUCGGCAGCUUUCUUGUUGGAGACUAGCUUUCUUCUUCUUUUCAGUCGACAGCUUUCUUGUUGGAGACUAUGUCUUCUUUCACUAGCUUUCUUGUUGGAGACAUUUCUUCUUUCAAUCGGCAGCUUUCUUUCUUUUCCCUUUGGGCAGCUUUCUUGUUGGAGACUUCUUUUCAGUCGACAGCUUUUUCUUGUUGGAGACUAUUUCUUCUUUCAGUCGGCAGCUUUCUUGUUGGAGACUAUGUCUUCUUUCAGUCGGCAGCUUUCUUGUUGGAGACUAUUUCUUCUUUCAGUCGGCAGCUUUCUUGUUGGAGACUAUGUCUUCUUUCAGUCGACAGCUUUCUUGUUGGAGACUAUUUCUUCUUUCAAUUGGCAGCUUUCUUGUUGGAGCUAUGUCACCUUUCAAUCGGCAGCUAUUUUCUUGUUGGAGCUUUCUUGUUGGACUAUGUCUUCUUUCAGUCGACAGCUUUCUUGUUGGAGACUAUGUCUUCUUUCAGUCGACAGCUUUCUUGUUGGAGACUGUCUUCUUUCAGUCGACUUGUUGGCUUUCUUGUUGGAGACUAUUUCUUCUUUCAGUCAGCAGCUUUCUUGUUGGAGACUAUGUCACCUUUCAAUCGGCAGCUUUCUUGUUGGAGACUAUGUCACCUUUCAAUCGGCAGCUUUCUUGUUGGAGACUAUGUCUUCUUUCAGUCGACAGCUUUCUUGUUGGAGACUGUGUCUUCUUUCAGUCGACAGCUUUCUUGUUGGAGACUAUUUCUUCUUUCAGUCGGCAGCUUUCUUUUUGGAGACUAUUUCUUCUUUCAGUCGGCAGCUUUCUUUUGGAACUAUUUCUUCUUUCAGUCGGCAGCUUUCUUGUUGGAGACUAUUUCUUCUUUCAGCUUUCGGCAGCUUUCUUGUUGGAGACUAUUUCUUUCUUUCAGUCGACAGCUUUCUUGUUGGAGACUAUGUCUUCUUUCAGUCGACAGCUUUCUUGUUGGAGACUUUUUGUUUCUUUCAGUCGGCAGCUUUCUUGUUGGAGACUAUGUCUUCUUUCAGUCGACAGCUUUCUUGUUGGAGACUAUUUCUUCUUUCAGUCGACAGCUUUCUUGUUGGAGACUAUGUCUUCUUUCAGUCGACAGCUUUCUUGUUGGAGACUAUUUCUUCUUUCAGUCGACAGCUUUCUUGUUGGAGACUAUGUCUUCUUUCAGUCGACAGCUUUCUUGUUGGAGACUAUGUCUUCUUUCAGUCGACAGCUUUCUUGUUGGAGACUAUUUCUUCUUUCAGACGGCAGCUUUCUUGUUGGAGACUAUUUCCCCUUUCAAUCGGCAGCUUUCUUGUUGGAGCUAUGUCACCUUUCAAUCGGCAGCUUUCUUGUUGGAGCUAUGUCUUCUUUCAGUCGACAGCUUUCUUGUUGGAGACUAUGUCUUCUUUCAGUCGACAGCUUUCUUGUUGGAGACUAUUUCUUCUUUCAGUCGACAGCUUUCUUGUUGGAGACUAUUUCUUCUUUCAGUCGGCAGCUUUCUUGUUGGAGACUAUGUCUUCUUUCAGUCGGCAGCUUUCUUGUUGGAGACUAUGUCUUCUUUCAGUCGACAGCUUUCUUGUUGGAGACUAUUUCUUCUUUCAGUCGACAGCUUUCUUGUUGGAGACUAUGUCUUCUUUCAGUCAACAGCUUUCUUGUUGGAGACUAUUUCUUCUUUCAGUCGACAGCUUUCUUGUUGGAACUAUGUCUUCUUUUCAGUCGACAGCUUUCUUGUUGGAGACUAUUUCUUCUUUCAGUCGGCAGCUUUCUUGUUGGAGACUAUGUCACCUUUCAAUCGGCAGCUUUCUUGUUGGAGCUAUGUCACCUUUCAAUCGGCAGCUUUCUUGUUGGAGACUAUGUCUUCUUUCAGUCGACAGCUUUCUUGUUGGAGACUAUUUCUUCUUUCAGUCGACAGCUUUCUUGUUGGAGACUAUGUCUUCUUUCAGUCGGCAGCUUUCUUGUUGGAGACUAUGUCUUCUUUCAGUCGACAGCUUUCUUGUUGGAGACUGUGUCUUCUUUCAGUCGACAGCUUUCUUGUUGGAGACUAUUUCUUCUUUCAGUCGACAGCUUUCUUGUUGGAGACUAUUUCUUCUUUUCAGUCGGCAGCUUUCUUGUUGGAGACUAUUUCUUCUUUCAGUCGACAGCUUUCUUUGUUGGAGACUAUGUCUUCUUUCAGUCGACAGCUUUCUUGUUGGAGACUAUGUCACCUUUCAAUCGGCAGCUUUCUUGUUGGAGACUAUGUCUUCUUCUUUCAGUCGACAGCUUUCUUGUUGGAGACUAUGUCUUCUUUCAGUCGACAGCUUUCUUGUUGGAGACUGUGUCUUCUUUCAGUCGACAGCUUUCUUGUUGGAGAGACUUUCAGUGUCUUCUUCAGUCGACAGCUUUCUUGUUGGAGACUAUUUCUUCUUUCAGUCGACAGCUUUCUUGUUGGAGACUAUGUCUUCUUUCAGUCGACAGCUUUCUUGUUGGAGACUGUGUCUUCUUUCAGUCGACAGCUUUCUUGUUGGAGACUAUUUCUUCUUUCAGUCGGCAGCUUUCUUGUUGGAGCUAUGUCACCUUUCAAUCGGCAGCUUUCUUGUUGGAGCUAUGUCACCUUUCAAUCGGCAGCUUUCUUGUUGGAGCUAUGUCACCUUUCAAUCGGCAGCUUUCUUGUUGGAGACUAUGUCUUCUUUCAGUCGACAGCUUUCUUGUUGGAGACUAUGUCUUCUUUCAGUCGACAGCUUUCUUGUUGGAGACUGUGUCUUCUUUCAGUCGACAGCUUUCUUGUUGGAGACUGUGUCUUCUUUCAGUCGACAGCUUUCUUGUUGGAGACUGUGUCUUCUUUCAGUCGGCAGCUUUUUUGUUGGAGACUAUUUCUUCUUUCAGUCGGCAGCUUUCUUGUUGGAGACUAUGUCUUCUUUCAGUCGACAGCUUUCUUGUUGGAGACUAUGUCACCUUUCACUCGGCAGCUUUCUUGUUGGAGACUAUUUCUUCUUUCAGUCGGCAGCUUUCUUGUUGGAGACUAUGUCUUCUUUCAGUCGACAGCUUUCUUGUUGGAGACUAUUUCUUCUUUCAAUCGGCAGCUUUCUUGUUGGAGCUUUCAGUCGACAGUCACCUUUUCAAUCGGCAGCUUUCUUGUUGGAGACUAUGUCUUCUUUCAGUCGACAGCUUUUUCUUUUGUCUUCUUUCAGUCGACAGCUUUCUUGUUGGAGACUAUGUCUUCUUUCAGUCGACAGCUUUCUUGUUGGAGACUGUCUUCUUUCAGUCGACAGCUUUCUUGUUGGAGACUAUUUCUUCUUUCAGUCGGCAGCUUUCUUGUUGGAGACUAUGUCACCUUUCAAUCGGCAGCUUUCUUGUUGGAGACUAUGUCACCUUUCAAUCGGCAGCUUUCUUGUUGGAGACUAUGUCUUCUUUCAGUCGACAGCUUUCUUGUUGGAGUCUUCUUCUUUCAGUCGACAGCUUUCUUGUUGGAGACUAUUUCUUCUUUUCAGUCGACAGACUAUUUCUUCUUUCUUUUUUAUUUCUUCUUUCAGUCGGCAGCUUUCUUGUUGGAGACUAUUUCUUCUUUCAGUCGGCAGCUUUCUUGUUGGAGACUAUUUCUUCUUUCAGUCGGCAGCUUUCUUGUUGGAGACUAUGUCUUCUUUUUCAGUCGGCAGCUUUCUUGUUGGAGACUAUUGUCUUCUUUCAGUCGGCAGCUUUCUUGUUGGAGACUAUGUCUUCUUUCAGUCGACAGCUUUUUUGUUGGAGACUAUUUCUUCUUUCAGUCGACAGCUUUCUUGUUGGAGACUAUGUCUUCUUUCAGUUGACAGCUUUCUUGUUGGAGACUAUUUCUUCUUUCAGUCGACAGCUUUCUUUUGGAGACUAUUUCUUCUUUCAGUCGACAGCUUUUCUUUUGGAGACUAUGUCUUCUUUGUCUUUCUAUGUCUUCUUUCAGUCGACAGCUUUCUUUGUUGGAGACUAUUUCUUCUUUCAGACGGCAGCUUUUCUUGUUGGACUAUUUCUUCUUUCAAUCGGCAGCUUUCUUGUUGGAGCUAUGUCACCUUUCAAUCUUCAGCUUUCUUUGUUGGAGCUUUCUUCUUAUGUCUUUUCAGUCGACAGCUUUCUUGUUUGAGACUAUGUCUUCUUUCAGUCGACAGCUUUCUUGUUGGAGACUAUUUCUUCUUUCAGUCGACAGCUUUCUUGUUGGAGACUAUUUCUUCUUUCAGUCGGCAGCUUUUCUUGUUGGAGACUAUUUCUUCUUUCAGUCGACAGUUCUUUCUUGUUGGAGACUAUGUCUUCUUUCAGUCGACAGCUUUCUUGUUGGAGACUAUUUCUUCUUUCAGUCGUUGCUUUUCUUGUUGGAGACUAUGUCUUCUUUCAGUCGACAGCUUUCUUGUUGGAGACUAUUUCUUCUUUCAGUCGACAGCUUUCUUGUUGGAGACUAUGUCUUCUUUCAGUCGACAGCUUUCUUGUUGGAGACUAUUUCUUCUUUCAGUCGGCAGCUUUCUUGUUGGAGACUAUGUCACCUUUCAAUCGGCAGCUUUCUUGUUGGAGCUAUGUCUUCUUUCAAUCGGCAGCUUUCUUGUUGGAGCUAUGUAUCUUUCAGUCGACAGCUUUUCUUCAGUCGACUAUGCUUUCUUGUUGGAGACUAUUUCUUCUUUCAGUCGGCAGCUUUCUUGUUGGAGACUAUUUCUUCUUUCAGUCGGCAGCUUUCUUGUUGGAGACUAUGUCUUCUUUCAGUCGACAGCUUUCUUGUUGGAGACUAUUUCUUCUUUCAGUCGACAGCUUUCUUGUUGGAGACUAUGUCUUCUUUCAGUCGACAGCUUUCUUGUUGGAGACUAUUUCUUCUUUCAGUCGACAGCUUUCUUGUUGGAGACUAUGUCUUCUUUCAGUCGACAGCUUUCUUGUUGGAGACUAUUUCUUCUUUCAGUCGGCAGCUUUCUUGUUGGAGACUAUGUCACCUUUCAAUCGGCAGCUUUCUUGUUGGAGCUAUGUCUUCUUUCAGUCGACAGCUUUCUUGUUGGAGACUAUGUCUUCUUUCAGUCGACAGCUUUCUUGUUGGAGACUAUUUCUUCUUUCAGUCGGCAGCUUUCUUUUUGGAGACUAUUUCUUCUUUCAGUCGGCAGCUUUCUUGUUGGAGACUAUUUCUUCUUUCAGUCGGCAGCUUUCUUGUUGGAGACUAUUUCUUCUUUCAGUCGGCAGCUUUCUUGUUGGAGACUAUGUCUUCUUUCAGUCGACAGCUUUCUUGUUGGAGACUAUGUCACCUUUCAAUCGGCAGCUUUCUUGUUGGAGACUAUUUCUUCUUUCAAUAUUAGUGAGAUGAAAAGUCAACCAGUUUUUGGCUUUUCAUUCCUUUUUCAUUUCUUUCUAUAUCCUUCCUUUCUUUGUCUCUUUUUCUUUUCAUUCAUUGUAUUUACUUUGAUUUCACUUUCUCUUUUCUUCUCUCAGUUUUUCAUUUUCCUUCUUUUUUUUUCUUUUUUUCUUUGCAUUAACAUUUGUCUUUUUCAUUUUCUCUCUCAAUUUUUCAUUUUGUUUGCAUUUACUUUUAUUACUCUGUCUCUUCUUUUCUUUUCUUGCCUUGCCUUUCUUUCUUUCUUUCUAAUACAUGUAAUUUAA